UUUGUACGUACCGAAUAACAUUACGCACUUUCCGGGGGAGCCCACCGUCAUAUAACAUGUCCGUCCUUCAAAGUUACGAUACAUAACCGGGAACUGCAGUUUUUGAAGGAGGGGAGAGGAGAAGAAGCGCACCUCCCGGUUAGCCAUGGAAAACGUUCGUAAAGAUGUCAAGGAGAACCCGGCGGCGACGGCGAACAUUCUGUCCAAGAUAUUUUUCUGCUGGCUGAACCCUCUGUUUAGCAUUGGCUACAAGCGCAGGCUGGAGGAAGAGGACAUGUACGAACUGCUCCAAGAGGACAGGUCUGAGGUGCUGGGACAGGAGCUGCAGAGAUACUGGGAUCGGGAGGUGCAGAAAGGUACCAAAGAGAUGCGGACACCAGGGCUAACUAAAGUCAUCAUACAGUGCUACUGGAAAUCAUAUGGAGUGCUGGGAAUCUUCACAUUUCUUGAGGAGGCGAUUAAAGUGGUCCAGCCAGUUUUUCUAGGGGAAGUGAUUCAGUACUUUGAGACUUACGAUCCAAACGAUACCACAGCUCUCAAUAAGACUCUGGGCUAUGCAGCCGGGUUGUCCAUCUGCACCAUCGGCCUGGCAGUGAUCCAUCACCUCUACUUCUAUCAUGUGCAGAGGGCAGGCAUGAAGAUCAGAGUGGCCAUGUGUCACAUGAUCUAUAAGAAGGCUCUGUGUCUGAGCAGUUCAGCCAUGGGAAAGACCACCACAGGCCAGAUAGUCAACCUCUUAUCCAAUGAUGUCAACAAGUUUGAUGAGGUGACUAUAUUCCUGCACUACCUCUGGGUGGGACCCCUUCAGGCAGCUGCAGUUGUGGGGCUGCUGUGGGAUGAAAUCGGCCCCUCCUGCUUGGUGGGAAUGGCGGUCCUCUUGUUCCUGAUGCCCACCCAAACCAUGUUUGGCAGACUAUUCUCUAAGUUCAGGAGUAAAACUGCUGCUCUAACUGACAGCCGAAUCCGUACAAUGAAUGAGGUUGUGUCUGGAAUGAGGAUCAUCAAGAUGUACGCCUGGGAGAAACCUUUCGCUGCUCUGGUCUCUGAGGUCAGAAGGAAGGAGAUCUCCAAGAUCAUGAAGAGUUCCUACCUACGAGGUCUCAACAUGGCAUCUUUUUUCUGUGCCAGCAAGAUCAUUGUUUUUGUCACAUUCACCCUCUAUGUGCUGCUGGGAAACACCAUCUCUGCCAGCCGUGUGUUUGUGACGGUGUCUUUGUACACGGCGGUGCGUCUCACCGUCACGCUCUUCUUCCCCAGCGCCAUAGAAAAGCUUUUUGAGAGCCGCGUCAGCAUCAAGAGGAUUCAGGAGUUCCUGCUUCUGGAUGAGAUCACGAAAACCAGCACUGUUCUGUUAAAGGAGGAGAAGAAGGAUAUUGGUGUGGAGAUCAAUGAUCUUACCUGCUACUGGGAUGAGAAUUUAGAUGCUCCAACUUUGCAGAACAUCAGCCUCUCUCUGGGUUCAAAUCAGCUGUUGGCUGUUAUUGGACCCGUGGGAGCUGGAAAGUCAUCCCUAUUAAGCUCGAUCCUGGGAGAGCUUCCUUCUGAAAAGGGGAUACUAAGAGUUAAAGGUCAGCUUACCUAUGCUGCUCAGCAGCCCUGGGUGUUUCCUGGAACCAUUCGAAGCAACAUCUUGUUUGGAAAAGAUCUUGAACCUCAGAAGUAUGAAAGGGUCAUCAAAGCCUGUGCUCUAAAAAGGGACCUGGAACUGCUUCCAGACGGGGAUCAGACUCUGAUCGGGGACAGAGGGGCCACACUCAGCGGGGGACAGAAAGCCCGUGUCAACCUGGCCAGGGCUGUAUAUCAGGACGCAGACAUAUACCUCCUGGAUGACCCUUUAAGCGCUGUGGAUGCUGAGGUCGGCAGACACCUCUUUGAACAGUGCAUUUGUGGGCUGCUGAAGAACAAGCCUCGCAUCCUGGUCACCCACCAGCUGCAGUACCUGAAGACAGCAGACCAGAUUUUUGUGCUCAAAGAGGGUCACAUGGUGGCAAAAGGAACGUACACAGAGCUGCAGCGCUCUGGAGUAGACUUCACUUCUUUGCUGAAGAAAGAGGAGGAGGAAGAGCAGCAGCAACUGCAGCCUCCCCAAGAUGUUCCUGACAGGAGAAGAACUCUGUCCCAGACCUCUUCAGUUCAGUCAGUCAAAGAUGGAGACCAUUUACCGGCAGAGCAGGUGCAGACGGUACCAGAGGAGAGUCGAGCUCAGGGAACCAUUGGAUUGAAACUGUACCUGAAAUACCUGCGAGCUGGAGCCAACCUUUUCAUUCUGCUGUUUGUUGUACUGCUUAACCUCCUGGCUCAGGUAUCAUAUGUCAUGCAUGACUGGUGGCUGGCAUACUGGGCAGGAGAGCAAGACAAGCUAACCAGCAGCACUAAUGGCAGCAUCAUUGUAAACGGAACCAAUGUCACAAGUUUGGAUUUAGGGUUCUACCUAGGCAUUUAUGGAGGUUUAACCGCAGCCACCAUCCUUUUUGGGUUCAUGAGAAAUAUCAUCUUGUUCACGGUGCUGGUAAAAUCUGCUCAGACCCUCCAUAACACCAUGUUUAAUGCCAUCCUCAGAGCCCCUGUACACUUCUUCGAUAUCAACCCCAUCGGAAGAGUGUUGAACAGGUUUUCUAAGGACAUUGGUCAGGUGGACUCCAUGCUUCCUUGGACGUUUACGGACUUCAUUCAGGUGUUCCUCCAGAUUCUUGGAGUGAUCGCUGUAGCAGCAUCAGUCAUCCCAUGGAUCCUCAUUCCUGUUGUCCCUCUGCUUGGAGUGUUUUACUUUCUGCGCCGUUACUUCCUGCAAACUUCCAGAGAUGUCAAACGUCUUGAAUCCACCACUCGCAGCCCCGUCUUCUCCCACCUGUCCUCGUCUCUUCAGGGCCUCUGGACGAUCCGGGCAUUUGGAGCAGAGGAGAGGUUCCAAAACGCAUUUGAUGCUCAUCAGAAUCUACACUCAGGGGCCUUUUUCUUGUUCCUGACAACCUCUCGCUGGUUUGCUGUUCGUCUUGAUGGGAUGUGCUCCAUCUUCGUCACCAUCACCACGUUUGGCUGCCUGUUGCUCAGAGACCAGCUGGAUGCUGGUUCUGUUGGGUUGGCUUUGUCCUACGCCGUCACUUUGAUGGGGAUGUUCCAGUGGGGCGUCAGGCAGAGCGCUGAAGUGGAGAACAUGAUGACCUCAGUGGAGAGAAUGGUGGAGUAUACUGAACUAGAGAGUGAAGCACCCUGGGAAACCCAGAAGCGUCCUCCUUCUGAUUGGCCGAGUAAAGGCCUUGUGACCUUUGACCAUGUCAGCUUCUCCUACAGCGACGACAGCCCGAAGGUGCUGCACAGCCUCCAGGCAAUGUUCAAACCCAAAGAGAAGGUGGGGAUUGUUGGGAGAACUGGUGCUGGGAAAAGCUCAUUGGUCUCAGCUCUGUUCCGCUUGGCAGAACCUGAGGGAAAAAUCUACAUCGAUGGGGUGGUAACCUCGGAGAUUGGCCUCCAUGAUCUGCGGCAGAAGAUGUCCAUCAUUCCUCAGGACCCUGUGCUGUUUACAGGCUCCAUGAGGAAAAACCUGGACCCUUUUAACCAACACUCAGACGAAGAACUGUGGAACGCCCUGCAGGAGGUGCAGCUGAAGCCUGUGGUGGAGGAGCUGCCAGGAAAGUUGGAGACGGUUCUGGCAGAGUCCGGCUCCAACUUCAGUGUAGGUCAGAGGCAGCUGGUGUGUCUCGCUAGAGCCGUCUUGAGGAGGAACCGCGUCCUCAUCAUUGAUGAGGCCACAGCCAAUGUGGACCCCAGGACAGACGAGCUGAUCCAGAAAACCAUACGGGACAAGUUCAGAGAAUGUACUGUGCUCACCAUCGCUCAUCGCCUCAACACCAUCAUAGACAGCGACCGCAUACUGGUUCUGGAUGCAGGGCAGAUCCAUGCAUACGAUGAGCCUUACAUCCUGCUGCAGGACACUAAAGGCAUCUUCUAUAAAAUGGUGCAGCAGACUGGAAAGCAGGAGGCAGCAGCACUACUAGAAGCAGCCAAAAGGGCUUACAACAGCAGAAGCCGUCCCAGCAUACCAAAUGGACAUGCAGAAACGGCAGACGGUAACUUGGUUAUCUUUGAAACAGCUCUGUGAGCUCGGAGAGGCAAAGCUGCUUCUUUUCCAGAAGAGUACAGGGACGAUGUGGACCUGAGCAGAUCCGGUCUCUGGUGAAAGCACUGAUCCACUGCAGUGAGGAGGCCAGGCGCUACAGCGAGGCUGUUGCCUUCAUGUGGCCGUAAACAGCUGAGAUUUGCACACAGUGUUGCUGGAUUAUGUUCUGUCAGUCAGACUGAAAGCUUGGAGGCACUCCUUUACAAACUGUUCAGGUAGAAUAUUUUAUAUUUAUGCUCAAAAUGCUGGUGCCUCGUUUCCUUUUCACUACAGUUUUUAAUUUUAUUUUUACCGAAGUUGCCGUUAAUCUGUAAGUACUGUUGGCAUUGUUGCACAGAAUAAGCAUCUAAAUUUGAACCUUGGAAUUGUAGAUGCUUGAAAUCUCAGUAAAAAUCUGGUUUUUAAA